AUGAAAAGAGCAAGGGACGUGGCUAUUCUUGUGUUAUUGAGUUUCUUGUGUGUGUUGGGGAAGUAUAUCACAAAUGAUCAACGGCAAUACGUCAAUAGUUUCUAUGGCGACAAAUUUAGUGUUGACGAGGACUACCCCGAUGAAGUGGACGUUUACUCGUACGCCGACUUGAACGAAAGUCUUGGCAUACCUCAACACUAUAAGAACACGUUCUACCCCGAUAAACUCUUUUUGGCUAUCAUACACACCAUUCCUAGUAAGUUACAUCACGUGGAGAAAACACGACAGACAUGGUGUAAUCCCCAGUACCAAAACGAAUUUGGGAUGAAGUGCAUCUUUGUGUUAGUGAGGGAAACAGUCGAGAAGAAGAAUAUGACUGGAAUAGUCUCGAGUCUGAAUAACACAUAUCACGACUUGUAUUACAUUGAAAUGCCAAAUUUGAAAGAGCACUGGUUCACACUACAACAGAAGAAUGUCAACGCUUAUAUAUUAGCAAAAACACUCUUCCCAGACUAUCUGUUUUACUCCAGAGUCGACGACGAAAUCAUUGUGACAGUGGACACCCUUGCCGAUCUCUUAGUCAGUCUCCCUAAGAAGAACACCGUCGUCGGAGAGUUUGUAAGACACCGCCCUAACAAAAAUGUAAAGAACAAAUACUACGACCCACUCGCUAUUAACAUCAAAAAGUACUUCUUCUUCCCAGCCGGAUAUCUUUCUAUAUGGUCGAGUGAUAUCAUCGACUUCAUUGCGUCUUGGGAAAACUAUUAUACUAUUGCUCCAAGCUCACUGGAAGACCCCGGCUUCGGCCAUUUUCUAUACAAAUACUACACUACUACUAACAACAAACUCUAUUUUGUGACACCAGAAAAGUGGGGCGGAAACACUGGAACGCAUUACGGAGAUUACAUGGUCUUCCAUGACCAACGUGGUCGACUGAACCAAACUAAAAUCUUGGAGAGAAGAAUAGCUGAUGGGCAUUUCGUCAAUUGA